CAACUUUGCUCAUACAUCCAUUGCUGUGAGGGAAGAAAUACGUGUGAAGCCACAGAUAUCAGAACUUCAGUGAAAUAGCAGGUGACAGAACUUUGUUCUUGUCAGGCCCCCAUCAAACAUUAAACACCUUCCCCUUCCUUCACUCACUGAUCUCCUCAAGUGCUGCACGUGGCUGAGAUUAAAGCCAUUUCCCUGGAUUAAUGUGCUCCGCACACAGCGUUGCACAAAGGACUUACCCAAAGAACAAUUAAAGCGCCUGGUCAUUAUCCCCCACAUUCAAAAUUUUUCAGAACAAAACAAUUGAAAGCAAGUAAGAGCAAAGAGAACCACUCAAUUACAUUUCUGAGUGAGCAGAGGAACUCCAGCUGAACACUAUCAGCAGAGGGAAUGUUCAACUACCUCCGGAAACGCUUUACCAGCCACAUCAGAGAACGUAGCCGGCGAAGAGCAAGGCUUGUCUCUAAAGAUGGAAGGUGUAACAUAGAGUUUGGCAAUGUAGAACAGUCAAGGUUUGUCUUUUUGAUUGAUAUAUGGACAACUAUCCUGGAUCUCAGAUGGAGAUACAAAAUGACUAUCUUCAUUUCAGCAUUCUUAGGCAGCUGGUUUCUCUUUGGUCUCCUCUGGUAUGUUGUGGCAUAUAUACACAAAGAUCUUCCAGAAUUCAAUCCUUCCAUAAAUCACACUCCCUGUGUUGAGAAUAUCAACGGCCUGACUUCAGCUUUCCUGUUCUCCUUGGAGACCCAGGUAACCAUCGGUUAUGGCUUCAGAUGUGUCACAGAACAAUGUGCCACUGCCAUUUUCCUGCUCAUCUUCCAGUCCAUCUUGGGGGUAAUCAUCAAUUCUUUUAUGUGUGGUGCCAUCUUGGCCAAGAUAUCAAGGUCCAAAAACCGGGCUAAGACCAUCACCUUCAGCAAGAAUGCUGUCAUCAGCAAACGUGGUGGGAAGCUCUGCCUCCUCAUUCGGGUGGCAAACCUGAGGAAGAGUCUGCUGAUUGGGAGUCAUAUCUAUGGAAAACUUCUGAAGACCACCAUCACCCCAGAAGGAGAGACAAUCAUUUUGGACCAGGUCAACAUAGAAUUUGUAGUUGAUGCUGGCAAUGAGAAUCUCUUCUUCAUUUCCCCAUUAACUAUUUAUCAUAUCAUAGAUAAGAACAGCCCAUUCUUCCACAUGGCAGCAGAAACCAUUCUGCAGCAAGAUUUUGAAUUGGUGGUGUUUUUAGAUGGCACUGUUGAAGCCACUAGCGCUACUUGUCAAGUGAGGACAUCCUACAUCCCAGAAGAGGUGCUCUGGGGUUAUCGCUUUGCUCCCAUUGUGUCCAAGACCAAAGAAGGGAAAUACAGAGUAGACUUCCAGAAUUUCAGCAAGACAGUGGCUGUGGAGACUCCCCACUGUGCCUUCUGCCUCUGCAAUGAGAAAGAAGCUAAAGCCAAAGAGAAGAAAGGUUAUGACAAUCCUGGUUUUGUCUUGUCAGAAGUUAGUGAAACCAGUGACACAAAAAUGUAGCUCCAGGUAUUCAUGGGACUGUAUCUUUUUUCAUAAUUAAUUCAAUCUUGAGAGGAUUAAUAACUUAGUAAAACAAAAAAAGAAACACAGGUUUGUUUUAACUCUGAAACAGCAUUUAUCUUCUCAAAAGCCUCAAAUCAAAGAGGAACAGAAUAUCAGUGAUCUCCAGAACACUAUUUAACUACACUCUAUAUAUAUUUCAUAGAAGUUAUAUUUUUAUACCUAUGGGACAUUUUAUGAAGCUGCUAUGUUGGAACGUCCAACUCACUUAAGUUCCCAGAGGCAUGCAAGUCUGUUAAAAAGCCUGAAAAGAUGGAGAAAAACUUUAGGACAUGUUGAAGAUACAAAGCUGUUGGAAUGAGAACAUGAAAAGGGGAGACAGAAGGCAAAGCUAAAGAAACCUUAGGAGCCAAAACCUCAGGAGCCAAAACCUCAAAAAAAAAAGUAUGUUUCUGGUUGCCAAAGUCCUCUAUGAAAGCAGACGCUCUGGCUCUGGAACACUUGAGCACUUCUGAACAUUUUGCAACAAUUCUUUCUUUCUUUGAGGCUGGUACUUCUACAGAAAUGGAGCAUUAAGGGAUGGUACGUGCUUAGGAAGCUAGAAAAGACAAGGCUUGGGCCAUCCUGCUGCACCUAGAACUCUAAAAUACGACUCCUCUGCUGUGAAAGCCUUUGAUUCCUUUCAGGGAAAAGUAGCCAAAUGGGAAUGAGAAGUGAAAAACCAAGGAGAAGCAGAGACCCACUGUGUGAGAAGAGGAAUUUUGCAGCUUAUUCUUAACUGUCUCACCCUUCAGAUACUCUUCCACUUCCCCAGGAGCUGGCUAACUGUGAAAUUAGGAAACAUCUGAAGACAACUGUCCAGAAAGGUGAGCCACAGUGGGGAGAUGAAGAACACAUUGAUUGCUUCACGCCUGGCAGAAAAGCAAUCCACUGGGAGAGGAAAUUCCCAGCUCUAGAUGUAUCCUUCAAAAAAAUCCAAUGCAAACACAGAUUAUCUUUUCCUUUGAAGCAUGAAGGUCUUUUUAAAACAAAAACACAGCAUAGGAGCCUCCCACCAACAGUGGACUUCAGAUUCAGUUCCAAACCGUUCAUCUCACCACAGCAAAAUGUGCAUCCCUACAGGAAACAAGUUCUGCUCAGUGGUAGCUAAGUAGUGGUGAACAUUUUCCGGGUAUGAUUUUUGACAUUUAAGUUUCAAAUGCAACAAGAACUUUCAAUAACUUUUUGAUGAAUUUCCACUUUCUCACAGCCUGCCAUCCCCCUCCCCCCCCAGUUCUUUUGCUGAGAGUUCAAGUGGCAGACCAAAGAGAGAGGUUUUUGGGGAACUCUUCCCAGUGAUGUAAUACAGCUCAUCAAUUUUCAACUCUGGUAAAAUGGAAGCAUCUUUUUAAAAGCUGCUGGACUGAGCAGUUUUAAAAGAAGGGGAGAAUUAAGCAGGUCAAAUGAUGACAUGACAAAGUUAUUUUCCAAAUGAACAUAAUGUCAGUAUGGAAAUCAAACUCUGGGAAUCAAGAGUGUUCAGGUCUCAGUCCCAGUGUAGUAUCAACCCCUUUGUUGGUUCAGAACAAAUCACUUUAGUAUGUAUCUCAGAUUUGCCAUCUGUAACACGGGACAUAAAGUACUUACACUGUACAAAGAACAAUGUUAUGAACAAUUAUGUCACUAAAGCACUUUAAAAGCCAGUUCUCAACUGUCUCAAUCUUUCCGCUCUUCAACGCACCACUGUUACACCCUUCUUCACUUCUAGAUGGAAAGGUCAGCACAGAAAGUUCUGUUCUCAUCACACGUCACAAUUACUAAAAAUGGCUGCACUGUGGCUAGAACUAUGGAAUGCUAGAACCACCAGCCAAAACCUUCAAGGUAAAACACUGGGCAAUAUCUGUGAAUUAAGUGCAAUGUUUUUGCAACCUUGCAAAAUAACAUUGUCAAUUGUAAAAACAUUUUUACGGUCCCAAUCAGCACAGCAUCUGAGCCCCUCCAACCACUAGUGUGUCUCAGAUUGUCUGCUUGGAAGGACAGCUGUUUUAUCCUCCACUCCAAAUGGCAGACCAAAGCACAAACAGCGAAUGAUUAGUGGUCAUCCGCAGAAAUCCAGGAGGGAGCAGGGAAGUGAAAUGAAGUCUCAAGAGUCCCAGGCUUGUCUGAACCAAAAAGCUACUGUGCUGCUCAGCCCUUCCGUAGUUGCUUCUACAUUUCCUUUAUAGGCUUCCUGGACAGUUGCCCUGUGUGUCAUUUCCCUAGAAAGCGGUACUGUCGGUAUCCAAGGCUUACAAGUUAUACCUCUUACCCCUGGGAGAAGAGAUGCACCAAGAUGCCCUUAAUAGAAGUAGAAAGAUAGUCUUCGCUGUACAAAAAAAGCAAGUCAAUAGGAAAUCCAUUUAAAAGGUCAAACCCAGCUAUGCAAUGAGGAGACAGGAAAGAUUUCUAUUUUGAGUAAAGCUGGUUUGGGAUGUUAGUGCUAGGGGGGGAAAAAAAAACAAUCAAAUACUACACCAGUGCCUGUCCAAGAGGUGGUGUUCAUCCUCCAAAGUUUAAAGGGUCCCUAAACAAUGCACUUUCAGGCAGGCACUGCUCUUGGGAAGCCAACUCAAAAUCCUAAACCUCUACGUUCUUCAUGACACAGCUUUUUAACCUUUUGCCCUAUGUCUCUACAGCACAAGCGUAAGGAGGCGUUAUUCCACGUCUAGAAGUAUUAAGUGCUACCACAGAUCAAAGACACUUGAUCUCACUGCAAGGAUGAUUACCUAUUGUUCACUCUAUUCUGACAGUUACACCUGCCUCAAAAGCUAGCUAUGCUGCCUACAGUAAGAGAAGGGUGAUUGUAUUCUUCUGCAUGCUUUGGUAUCAGAGGGGGGACUGGCUACUGCAUGAACAGCGAAGAUAUGAGGGGGACAUAGCCAAAGUUGACAGGGCCAUGGCUGAGCUAUCAAGCUUACUUAGAGGGGGACCAUACUGGGACCUAAAUGGGAAUCUUGGGCUGAAACCCUCCUCCCACGAGCCUUCUGCUGAUUGUCACUUCAGGAAACACCUGCCAGUCCCCGCCUGCCAGCCCUGCACCAAGCAGGAGAUAGAGCGCUGUAGUCAGAGCCCAGCAGCAGGAGAACAAUGAGUGGAAUUUCCUCUUUCUGUCCGGAGAGGGCUGUUUGUCACCAGAGAGAUAAAGGCCCAGGGCAGGGAAAAAAGGGUUAUCGGGAGACAUGCCACGCACAGUGCCACUCAGGACAGACUCCAUAGGAAAUCUAUUUUGGGGGCUGUCACCCCUACUGCCAUUAAAAGAAAGUUCAGUUAAGAGGAUGAAAAUAAAUUUAAUCUUGCUGAGCAGAAGUGGCCAGAGGGAACCACAGACCUGAUACUGGAAAACAAAGACUGGUUUCUUAACCCAUGACACUUUCAUUUUUACAUCUCCAUAGCACUCUUCUCAAGCUUUAUGGUUCUCUUCUCUCUCCUCAUCUGUCCAUCCAGUCUGCAGGCUGCCCAUACUGCUGCAGCAACAAUUAGUCCUUACCACAAAGUGGAACAUGCAACUGACGCCAACAGCCUAAUCGAUACAAAGCAAAGGACUGAAGAGAAAGUCUUGUCUCUUCAGGAGAAGGGAUCAGACCACGUACUUACUGCUGGAUUAAGGCCUAAAGGAUUUAGCUGUGAAAGUGUUAGCCAAGCAGCUAGGCUUGGGAAUAAUAUGUCUGCACUAAACUUAAUUUAUCUUCUCAUUUCACAAACAACAUGUUUCUUCUACUGUAUUUAUUUUAAACAUUCAUUCAAGCUGUGCAUAAUAUUUCAAUCAUUUUGAAAUAGAUUUACCCUCCUGCUGGCAAAUGAAUAAGGCAUCCUGCUGACUGCCGGAGAAAGGGCCAUGAAUUAAAAUAACUGCUUUUAGUAAACUGACAUGUGCUAGUUAGCUGUCUCCACACACUCUUUGGUAGUAACUGGUGAAAAGAGACCCCUAAAUAACAAUAAUAAUAAUAAUAAUAAAAAAAACCCAAACGCUGGCAAACUGUUUAGAUACUUGUACUGACUUGCAUUGUUGGAAUGUGGCAGACCACUGCUAACUAGCUCACAGCAACUGCCUGGAUAACUUCUGCAUGUACACGCUUCCUUGUAAACUCAACUACUCACCCAUAAACAAGUCAGCAGUGUGCAAAGCCCCGACACAAGUGAGAGCAGCUGAGGUGUCAUAUCCUCUUUCCUCUCCCCAGGCAGCAAACUGAUGUGGUUAGACUCAUGCGAAUUCAGCUGGGAAGAGCCUUUAUUUCCCCUUCCCUUUUAUUUUGCCCCUUUCAAUUCACCCCCGCCUUGAACUGUCACGGUGCUGGCCCAAUUCCUGUUCCCCAAACAAGCAGGGAGAAACCACAGCACAACGCACGGAAUGUGAGCAGAGCCCCUGCUGCGCCAGGGACGGGGAAAGCUGAGCAAGUUC